AUAUAAGUACGCAAUAACCUACUAAUCAUUUCAAACCCAAUUAGUUGUCAAAUUUUGAGUAUCCAAUGGCUUGCCGUUACGAAAUGGAGGUAACCGUGACGUCGGCGAAGGAUCUGAAGAACGUGAACUGGCGUUACGGCCGACUGAAACCAUACGCCGUGGUGUGGAUUGAGCCCAACAACAAAUGCUCCACCAGGGUCGACGACGAUGGCGACAUCUAUCCCUACUGGGAUCAGAAACUCAUCAUCCCUUUCAUCUCUCCCAUCCAGGACUCCACCUUCCACCUCGACCUAGUCCACGCCAAUGCCAAAGACGACACCAAGCCUCUCAUCGGCUCUGCCCGCCUCCCCCUCCGCGACGUCGGCUUCGGCGAGCGUGCCACCCACAACCUGGAUCUGAAGCGCCCCUCCGGCCGCCCCCAUGGCACGGUCCAACUCAAGAUCUGCCUCCGCGAACUCCGCUAUCGUGCGCCUGACCCCUACUACGCCCCUCCUCCUUCCAGGGAAUACUCCUCUUCUGCUCCGCAGCCGUACGGUAACUCUUACGCCCCGAAUCCCUACCAGCAGUCGGCGCCACCCUCUGGAUAUCCCUACGGUCAGUCUCAGCCGUUGGCGUAUGGGGGGCAGGGGAGCUACGGCCAGGCUGCACCCCCACCAGCAGUGUACGGGCAGGGGCAGGAGUCGUACUACAGAAACCAGCAGCAGCAGCAGCAGCAGGAUCAAGGGAAGAAGAGCAAGUAUGGGAUGGGGACGGGAUUGGCUGUGGGAGCGGUGGCUGGGGUGUUGGGUGGACUAGCGCUAGCAGAGGGAGUUGAUUACAUGGAGGACAAGAUUGCCGAUAAAGCGGCAGAGAAGGUGGAGGAUGAUGACGAUGACGAUGACUAUGACGAGGACGACUACUAAACAAAACAAGAAGAAGAAUGCUCAACGCAAUGCAUGUUUUUUUUUUUUUUUUUUUUGGCAAUCUCAAUUUGGUUUUGCGUACUUCUUAUCCUAAAAUAGAAAUAAAAAUGAAAAUGAAACUCAGAUAUGGGCAUUACUCUAUCGUUAAUGAAUUGAUUUGAUUAUA